AUGUCUGACACGUCUGCAAUGGAGCACGAAAAGAUCGAAAUGGGAUCGAAUCCCGGACGAGACGAGACGCCCUUGAGCCGUCAGCUCACCGUCAACUUGACUCCGGAGCAGUAUGAGCGCCUCUUCUUCCAGCCCUCAGCUCCUCGCAACGGCGACUUUGCAAAGAGAUUCUCCAACCCAACCUUGCUCGGACUCUUUGGUUUUCUCGUGCCCUACACCGCCACCUGCUGCAUCCUCUGUGGCUUUCGAGGCGCGUUGCCUCCUCAGAGUCUGGUUGGUCUUACGGGUUCUUUCUACUCCUUCGGGGCAUGGUCCUGGUUCAUCCUGGGUAACUCCUUCCCCAUGACUAUAUUCAUCGUAUACGGAGCUCAUUACAUUGCCUUGGCCUAUGGACAAGCCCCAACCUCGGAGACUCUAUUGGCUUUUCAAGAUUUGGGAGGAGCGACGGGUGCAGCUUACAAUACGUCUCAAGGGUUCUACAACGUUUCCAUGGUACUUGUCAGUUUCAUGUUUCUUCUCGGCACCUUCCGUGUAAACGCGUGUUUCAUCUUGUUGUUCUUGGGCGUCACGAUACUCUUCGCCUUCGUGGCCGCGGCAAACUUCAAUAUUGCUGCUCAUGGAACCGCGACCGACAUGGCAUACGUCAAGACGUUACUGAAGGCCGGCGGUGCAUUUGGCUUGAUGAGUGCCGUAGUGGGCUGGUACCUCGUCCUGGUUACUGUCUGUGAGAUGGCUGCUAUCCCAUGUCCAUUGCCCGUCUUCGACUUGAGCAGUAGGAUUUUCCCACCCAAACCAAAGCCUAGCAAGGAAGAAUAA